AUGUGGCAAUUAUCAUAUUUCUGGCCAUUGUUAACUCCGAACGGAAUCUAUUUUUACGAAUUUGUAAAAGAUUACUUGUUAUUAGAUCCUUAUUUUUAUAAUUAUACCGCCAAUCACAUCAAUGUUGGUAUUUGGGAAAAACUAGACGCGAUACAAAACACUGCACCUAAGUCAAAAGCAGCAAAUUUACCACAACUUUUACAAGCGGCUUACGCGAAGGAAACGAUUAUUAAAUACAAAAGAGCUUGCCAAAAGUGGGUAGAUUGGAGCUCUAAAUAUACUGAGGUCAACCAUUGUUCUGCCGACCCAUUUUUCGUAUGUAUUAAUUUUAACGACUUGGUUAUGGAAGGAUGUUCAAUAAGUACAAUAAUUUCGGCACUUUGUGGAACACGCUGGGGACACAUUAAUGCAGGUUUUUCGUCGCCAACAGACCACUCAAUUGUUAAAUUAGCCUUUGCAGGCGCAAAACGAUUAGUCGGUAAAACGUGCAAUAAGAAAGAGCCGUUCACAGUGGACAUAAUUAAAGAGAUAAUUGCAUAUUAUGGAGAAAGUUCAAACUUCAUGCACAUGAGGUUUAUAGUGUUAUGCGUGUUAGGAUUCGCAGGAUUCUUUCGCAUUGGCGAAUUAUUAGCCUUAAAAGUUAAGGACUUGGAAAAUAAACAAGAUUCAUUUGAAAUUAGUGUUAAAAAAUCCAAAACGGAUCAGCUAAGAGAAGGUCAUAUUGUGUACAUAGCUCACACUGGUAAUUCCACAUGUCCAGUAACCUGGUUACGAAAGUAUCUGUGUAUGACUAAUCUGAAAUUUCAGCCGGAUUCUUAUUUAAUUUGUCGUUUGGCGAAAACAAAGACAGGCUACAAUGUGUUAGGGCAUCUUUCUAUAUCCUACGAAAGCGCCAGAAAAACAUUUCACGAACAUUUGAAUACAAUUCAAAAAGUACCAGAAAAUUUUGGGUUACAUUAUUUACGCUCAGGUGGAGCUAGUGCUGCUGCAAAUAACGGCGUCACUGACAGAAUGAUAAGUAAACACGGCAGGUGGUCAUCAAGUUCCAGUAGGGACGGAUACAUAAAAGAUAGCAAAUCUCAACGACUCUCUGUAAGCAAAGAUUUAGGAUUGUAA